AUGGCCUCCGUUCAACCCACCGUAGAUUGGCAGUCGACAAAGAACAGCGUGUUAGAAAGAAACCGUCACAUGUUCAACAAUUCCGACAUGAGUGAUAUCAGCUUUGCUUGCGAAGGUUCUGACAAGACAUUCCACGCACAUAAAUAUGUCUUGGGCACAAGUAGUGCCGUAUUUCAUGCCAUGUUUUACGGCGAGUUAGCCGAGAAAGAUUCGGUUGUUCAUUUGUCUGAUACAAACGAGGAAAGUUUGGAGCAGUUUUUGAGAUUCCUUUACACGGAAGAAUGUACAUUGACCGCAGACAAUGUUAUUGCGAUCAUAUAUCUAGCAAAGAAAUACAUCCUGCCUUUGCUCAAUGAGAAAUGCGUUAAUUUCCUACUGGAAAAUUUAAACUCUGAAAAUGUGCUGGACAUUUUGGACCAAGCUUCUCGUUUUGACGAGAAAGAAUUAGAAAAACAAUGUUGGAAAUUUAUACAAUCAAAUACAGGCAAAGUAGUAGCCUCUGAUAGUUUCAAUAGCAUCAGUCAAACGACUAUUGCUAAAUUGCUCAUGCGUGACAAACUGAAUUUACCAGAAUCGGAACUGUUUCAAGCUGUUUUGAAAUGGAUCGAUUUCCAAUGCUCGCGUAAGAAUUUGGAGUCAACAGGCGUUAACCGAAGGCUUAUCAUUGGCGAAGCGAUUUAUGGCUUUCGACCUUUUUCCAUGAGCCAGGCAGAAUUUGAUCAACACAUUUCAAAAUCCGGUUUGCUAACUGAAGAAGAGUUGGUUCCCAUUUUCGCGAAAUUUUGUGGAAUUGAUUCGCCUGCAUUGAAAUGGAAGCUACCUAAUAGAACAGUAGAAAAUAUCGCGAGGUUUUCCAGAUUUCCUGGAAUUAAGGAUAACGAUUUAUUGGUUGCGUCUGAUAGCGGUAAAAUAUAUCCGGAUCGCCUCCGUUUUACUGUGAACAAAGACGUAUUACUGCUUGGCGUUCGUUUGUUUGGAGAACAAAGUGGGAGUGAAAAUCUGGUCACUCUUGAAGCGAAUGAAGUUAAAGUAACUGGAACGUAUACCUCUGAACUCAGUCAAGACAACAUUCAUGGCUUCGAUGUCAUGCUAAAGGAACCCCUUCAACUGAAGCGAAACGAAGUUAUAACUCUUUCUGUGAGAACAGAAAAGACUCAGUUAUUCAGUGGUCAAAAUGGAUCCCACAAAGUUGUACUCAAAGGAGUUACUGUUACAUUUCGUAACGCUCCAUUCCCCAACAACGGAACUUGUGUUACUAGUGGACAAUUUCAUGAAAUAAUACUUUCUAUUUAA